CUCCCAGCUCCAGCUUUCCACUCUACACGUGCCUCUUUGCUCCCACCUAGGAAGCCACCAUGUCUUGCCGCUCCUACCGAGUCACCUCUGGUCACCGGAUGGCCAACUUCAGCUCUUGCUCAGCUGGGUCACCCCAGAACCUGAACCAAUUCCGGGCUGGCUCUGUCUCCUGUAGGAGUGGGUCUGGAUUUCGGAGCCUUGGCAGCUUUGGUGGCUUUGGGAGUCGGAGCGUCGUCAACCUUGGAUCAUAUUCACCCCGGAUGGCAGCUGUAGGCCCUUGUCCCAUCCGCUGUGGAGCUGGCUUUGGUGCUGGCAGUGCAAUGGCCUUGGGCUUUGGUGGUGGGAGUGGUGCUGGUCUAGGAUUUAGGGCCAGCAGUGGUGUUGGUUUGGCGUGUGGAGCUAGCAGUGGCCUUGGCUAUGGCUUUGGCAGCCCUGGCUUUGGCUACAGACUCGGAGGAAUUGGAGUUCCAGCAGCUCCAUCUAUCACAGCUGUGACUGUCAACCAGAGCCUGUUGACCCCUCUCAACCUGGAGAUUGAUCCCAAUGCCCAGAGAGUGAAGAAGGAUGAGAAGGAGCAAAUCAAGACCCUCAACAACAAGUUCGCCUCCUUCAUUGACAAGGUGCGGUUCUUGGAGCAGCAGAAUAAGCUCUUAGAGACCAAGUGGAGCUUCCUCCAAGAGCAGAAAUGCGUCAGGAGCAACCUGGAGCCCAUCUUUGAGAACUACAUCACCAAUCUGCGGAGGCAGCUGGAGACACUGGUCAGUGACCAGGCCCGGCUCCAGGCCGAGAGCAACCAGAUGCAGGAUGUCUUGGAAGGCUUCAAGAAGAAGUAUGAAGAGGAGGUGGGCCUCCGGGCCAAUGCUGAGAACGAGUUUGUGACUCUGAAGAAGGAUGUGGAUGCAGCUUUCUUGAUUAAGUCUGAUCUAGAGGCCAAUGCGGAUACCUUAAUUCAGGAAAUUGACUUCCUGAAAGCCCUGUACAUGGAGGAAAUCCAGUUGCUGCAGUCACAUAUCUCAGAGACAUCAGUCAUUGUGAAGAUGGACAACAGCCGGGACCUAAAUCUUGAUGGGAUCAUCGCCGAAGUCAAGGCUCAGUAUGAAGAGGUGGCCAGGCGCAGCCGGGCUGAUGCUGAGGCCUGGUACCAGACCAAGUAUGAAGAGAUGCGAGUGACAGCUGGCCAGCACUGUGACAACCUGCGUAACACGCGGGACGAGAUCAAUGAGCUGACCCGCCUGAUCCAGAGGCUGAAGGCAGAGAUCGAGCAUGCCAAGGCUCAGCGUGCCAAACUGGAAGCCGCGGUGGCCGAGGCUGAGCAGCAGGGCGAGGCAGCCCUCAAUGAUGCCAAGUGCAAGCUGGCAGAUCUGGAGGGCGCCCUGCAGAAGGCCAAGCAGGACAUGGCCCGGCAGCUGCGUGAGUACCAGGAGCUGAUGAAUGCCAAGCUGGGCCUGGACAUCGAGAUCGCCACCUAUAGGCGCCUGCUGGAGGGCGAGGAAAUCCGGAUCUGUGAAGGCGUUGGACCAGUAAACAUAUCCGUGAGCAGCUCCCGCGGCGGCCUGGUGUGCGGGCCUGAGCCCCUGGUCACCAGCUCCUCCCUCUCCCGCUCUGCAGCCACCUUCUCCAGCAGCAACGUCUGCACCACCGGCAGGGGCCUGACUACCUGUGGCUCGAGCCUAGGUGGGGCCCGGGCCACCCUGGCUGGUGGGGACCUGCUGAGCACGGGCGCCAAGGGCGAGAUUUGUGUCCCCAGCGUCUCCUGCCCCCUGCCCACAGAGGGUGGCUUCAGCAGCUGCAGCGGGGGCCGCAGCAGUGUCCGUUUCACGUCCACCACCACCUCCCGCCGGACCAAGUACUGACAGCCCAGCCUCAGCCCAGCCGCUGCCAGAGAAGAACCAGCCCAAUGCCUGCUGCCCCCCGGACUCUGGGCCUGAGGGGCCUCCAGCUCCCCUCCUGCCAAGACGCUACCCCUUGGCUCUCCCCUGGCUGCUCUGCCUGGCCCCAGGGCUCCUGGAGGAGCUUUUCACCAUGUGGGUGCUCCAUCUGCAGCCCCAACCAGGCUAGCUUCUUCCUGACUCCCAGUUCCCUUCCUUCGCAUCUCUCUUCACCAUCCAGCAACAGCCUUGAAAAUGCAGAUUUAAUACAACUACAAAAAUCUGUGUGCCUGAGGAGAAAAGGGACAGUUCAGAGUCAAAAAGAAUGUGUUCGGGCACCAUCGCUGGGUGGCUUUGGAGAAGGGAGAGUUAACUGUCCACACUGGCAGCGUCCUUAGCCCACCGUCCUUGGCUUCCUUCUCUUCCUUUCCCUGGCAGGAGAAGGUUCUUUCCUUCUCUUUCUGUCCCAGAGGAUCUGCACUCCUUGGUGGCCCAGGGAUCCCUAAGUCCCCAGAGAUGGUUCUUCUCCCGGUGUCACGGGCCCUGGCUGCUUCUCUUCCUGUGUUGUCAGUUUAGCUGUGGCAUGUGAGUCUGCGAGAUGGGUGAAGGUGCAGAUGGAGAGGUGGGCCCUGCAACACUGCCGGUGCCCCUGCCCUGCUAGUGGUGUGCGGCCCAGCCCUGUCUGCUGCAGGGUUUGUGUCGGGAAGCCCUGAGGGGCCUGGGAGUGGGGUGGGAUGGGGUGUCUGUCUGUACUGCUCUUUGUGUUCCUGCGUUUUCAAUAAACUUGCCAAGCAAACUUCA